AUGCCAGCACGUUAUGCAAAUAUACCAAAAGCUUUCGUUGACAAUAGCCGCUUAGUAACUGACCCAAAGGGUAAAGUCACUGUUUCCGAAGAUACUGCUAAGAAAUUAGCUCCUGAAUCAAUUUCAUACUUGCCUUCAUGGAACAAAAAUGAAAAGUAUGAACCAUAUGAGUUCCAAGAGCAUCAUGACAAUGCUUUGAAAGCUGAUAAAGAUUUGCCAAACUUGUUCCCCAAGGGCAAAGAUGUUGAAAUCACUACCCUCUCCCCAAAAUUGGGAACUGAAAUCAAGGGUGUCCAAUUGUCUCAGUUGAAUGAUGCUGGUAAGGAUGAGGUUGCUUUGCUUGCUUCCCAAAGAGGUGUCUUGGUUUUCAGAGACCAAGACUUGAUUGACAGAGGACCAGAAUUUUUGACCAAGUAUGUCAAUCAUUAUGGUCCAUUGCACAUUCACCCAACUUCAGGAGCCCCACAAGGACACCCUGACAUCCACUCAGUUUUGACUGGAGACACCAAGGAGGAUCCUUUCCAGACUAGAAACAGACUUGUUGGUUUCCACUCCGAUGUGAGUUAUGAAUUGAACCCUACUGGUGUGUCCUUCCUUGCUGUUACCAACAUCCCCAAAACGGGUGGAGGUGACACUGUUUUUGCUGAUAAUAUUGAGGCUUAUAAGCGUUUGUCACCUAAGUUUCAGGAAAAGUUGCAAGACUUGUACGCUAUUCAUAGUGCUGUCGACCAGGCAAAUCUUGCUAUCGUUAAAGGUGGUGUUGUCAAGAGACAUCCUGUUGAGAACUUGCACCCAAUUGUCCGCACCACUCCAUCGGGUCAAAAGGUCUUGUACGUCAAUAAUGGGUUUACCAGAAGAAUUGCUGAUUUGAAAACAGAAGAGUCUGAGUUUUUGUUGAAGUUUUUGCUUGAUCAUGUCAACAACGGUCAUGAUUUCCAGGUUAGAGUUAAUUGGCAACCGGGAACUGUUGUCAUCUUUGACAACCGUAUUGUUAGCCACUCUGCUAUCUUGGACUUUGAUACUACUGACUCAAGGUUGAUUAUUCGUGCUGCUGCUAGAGCUGAGAGACCAGUCCACGACUUGAAGGAUUUGAACAAGCCAGAUGAAAACAAGGUCUAUGAAGGUCCAGAGUAUAUUGGCAGUAGAUCACUGUCUUCAACUUGA